ACGUUAACAAUAACUUAUACCAUCACUAGCUGUCGUCAGCUGUUUUGAAUUUUUGUUGACGACUGCAUAUACAAUUAUUAGCGAGUCUGAUCGGACAGUAUUAUAAAUAAUAACAAGACUUGAAUUAUAUACACAAGAAUUUAUAAUAUGGCUCCUGCGCUGGAUUCAGUGCUAUCCACCACAGCUGUUAUAAGCACGGUGUUUCAGUUUCUAUCCGGCAGUGUUAUUUGCCGCAAAUAUAUACAGAAAAAGAGCACCGGCGACUCUUCGGGACUGCCAUUUAUAUGCGGCUUUUUAUCCUGCAGCUUCUGGCUCCGCUAUGGGGUACUGACCAAUGAGCAGAGCGUGGUAACAGUCAAUAUAAUUGGCUCGACGCUCUUUCUCAUCUAUACGAUGAUCUACUAUGUGUUUACGGUUAAUAAGCGUGGCUAUGUCAAGCAAUUUGGAAUAGUUCUGGCUAUACUCAUUGGCGUAAUUAUAUUUACUAAUACCUUGGAAGACGAACCAGAGAAAAUGAUACGAAUUACAGGUUUUGUAUGCUGUGUUGUCACUGUCUGUUUCUUUGCUGCGCCUCUAACAAAGCUAGUUCAUGUGGUACGCGUGAAAAACUCGGAGAGCCUGCCUUUGCCCUUGAUAGCUACUUCAUUCUUUGUUAGCCUGCAGUGGGUUAUCUAUGGCGUAUUAAUAUCGGAUACAUUUAUACAGAUACCUAACUUCCUGGGCUGUGUGCUGUCCUUGAUGCAAUUGGGUCUGUUUGUUCUGUAUCCGCCGCGCAGCUACUCAGGUCAAGGCUAUAAGCUGCUCGACCAGGCGCAGGCCGUGCCCUUCUAAACGAACUUGUACUUAUUUUGCGCGUUUCACAAAGGAUAUUUAAACAGGUUAUACUAUAUACACAUAAAAUUGAUUAGAUAUACGUAAUGUAUAGCUUCUAGUGUAAUAUUUACAUAUGUAUUUA